AUGUUUCACAAAGAGUUAGACUUUACACCUUGCAGGGUGUAUACCACUGCACAGCAGCUGUAUCAUGUGUACUCUGAGUGGAUGACAGGCAAUGAUGCCUGGGAGAUGCAGUUGAAUCUACCAAGUGAUGUGACCCUGCUAGGCACUAUUCUUUCAUCGGACAAGACCAAUAUAUGUAUGAUGACAGGUGACAGAGUUUCCCACCCACUCCUCAUCAGCCUCGCGAACAUACACAUGUCUACUCAACUCAAGACGUCAUCCGGCGCUUUCUUGCUCACCGCCCUACUCCCCGUACCCAAAUUCACUCAUAAGAAGAAACACUUCUAUAUCGUGGAUACCCUGGAGGCAAUAAUGCUUGCCACCAUUGGAGGGAAAACAUCUCCAGUUACCAUGGCCUCCUACAAGCAAUUUGGAGAUCCUUUCCUCCAUGAACCUCAAACAGGAUCAACUACCCUUGCACAACUAGCUGUUGUCUGACAAAAGGUCGACCCCGACAAUAUUAAAGUGUUCUUUUGCAAAGCGCAGAAGUUUUACUUCAACGGAGUCAAUAAACCCUUCU